AUGGGUCGCCAAAAGUCCCCCAUUGGUGAGAAAUUUGUCGAUAUCGCUGAACAAACACUAAAUAAGCGUCUCGGACUCGCAGUUAAUGAAACUAUUCAACGCGAUCAGACAGUUGAAAUUACUUUCACUGCGAGCAAAUCUAAACUUUCAGAAAUUGCAACUACAGUUUUUAAACAUUUCAUACGAACAGCAUGUGGUUCUGAGCAAGGUACAACGAAAGUCGCUGCUGGUGAAGUAACCAUUGAUGCAAAAGGAGAACUGAAUUGUAUUCGUUUCAAUGAAGCUGUACAUGUGAAUAAUUUUAAAUUUGAAGAACUACCUGAAGGAAGUCCUGCUAUUACUGCUGCAGCGGAAGCCACAUAUUUUCGUCACCUUGUUAAGUCAUCGGAAUUGCAAUCUUAUGCAUUAGUAGAUUUUCCCAAAUGUUUGACAGUAAAGGGAGCUCCACGACUUGAUGUUGUUAUUGCUGGCUAUGUGAUAUUUUCUAUUUUAGCCGGUGAAGGUGAUGAUAUGAAGCUUCGAAUGUAUUUGAAGACUAUAGAACUUGUACUUGGGUCUAUGUGUACUUCUUCUUUUGCCAGUACUGUAUUACCUAAAUCCUGGAAUGAACUUGAAUCCCUUGAACCUCAUCAAGUUUCUGAUCUUCUUGAAGAUGUUCAACUUUCUAUAAAUGAUUUUUGGAAUGACAGUGCGCAAGAUACACAAGCUCGUGCUCAGGCUGAAUUUCUCAUGACAACUGUUGGUUUAAGUUUACGUGAAUACUUCGCCAAAAAGUUACUUAAUGACCAUAGUAUCUUUACUGGUGGUAAAAUUUUCACAGAUAUAGCACUUAGUUGCUGCGAUGACUGGAUGAAUAUGUGUAAUAAACUAACAACUAUUGACUGGGGAGCCGUUUGGGGAGGAGGAGGAGGAUUUGUGGACGUACAAUUAAAAACUGUACGAGAUCGACUUUAUAUGAUUACUACUAUUCGUGAUCUCGUAGAUGAAAUGGUGGAACUUUUAGGUUCUAUUGGUGAACUUCAGUUUCUUCGCAAAGAGACAUUAUGGGAGACUUUAGAAUCUAUUGAUAUCUUUAAAAUAACUCCAGCGGUAGAAAAACAAUGGUUACUUGGAUUGAGUGCUUUUUACAGACGUUUGGAACCAAUAGAGCAUCGCUGCGCCGCCGCUCUGCGUGACUUCUUUGGUGAACGUGGCAAUUUAGCGCCACAGACUAUUGUGAAUGAAGUGAUAAAGUUCCGUCAACUUAUUCGUCGUCCCAUUGUCGCUAAGGAACUAGUGAGUGAACGAGAUACGCUUCUGGCAAAGUUGAAUGAACGCCUGCAGAGUAUUCGCAUGGAAUUUGAACACCGUGCGGAAAGUACAGAGGAUGAUACGGUUCUUGAAGAAGAUGAUCGUCGCUGUCAAACUGGUCGUUUUAUGCCAGGUGUAGUGAAUAAUAUGAUUUGGCUUCGUCAACUGCGAGGUCGUGUUGGAGAAAUGGUUCAUAUGUGUAAGUCUCUUUUACAAGAUUUACCGGCUGCAGGAGAGUUUAUUCAAACAGCAGAUACUCUCUUGGAAGAUAUUGGUGAUUAUGAAGUGGAAACUUUUAAUCAUUGGACCAUGGAUGUAGAAGAUAGCAGUUAUAAGCUUAUGUUAGAUGCUAAUGCACCUUUAAUGGAUAUUGAUGAAAAUGGACGUGUUGAAGUAAAUUAUCCAGAACGAUUGGUACAACUCAUACGAGAAGUUCGAGUAUUUCAAAGUUUAGGAUUUCGUAUUAAUAAAGAUAUUCAAAAGAUGGUAGAUCAAGGAAUUCGAUUUUAUCGAAAUGGUGUAGCGUUAAAACAAGUUGCCAGUACAUAUAAUUCUAUGACAGAUGAUAUUAUUCCUUGUACAGGUGCUAUGUUACUUGAACCGGCACUUUCUUUUGAAAAUAUUGUUACAGCUAGUGGAGAACGAAAAUUAACUUGGCGAAAUACAGAAGAUGCAGAACGAUUUAUUACAAAAUUACGUAAAGCAUCACAAGCUUUAACUGAUGAUAAUCGUCGUUUACAUAAAUUACACAAAGAAAUUGAGUUAAUUGUGAUUGAACUUUUUAGUAUUGAUUUACUACGUUCAAAAGAUCGAUGGAUGGGAAAAAUACAUACUAUUCGAGAAAAAAUGGAGACAUCAGGAUUUAAAAAUAUGGAUGCAUGGAAACUCUUUUGGGAUAUGCAAAUUUACAAGGCAAUGGAAUAUCAAUACCAAUUAGGAUUAGAAAGUUUACAUGAAGUUGUAAGUGAAAUUAAAGCCGAUAUUAUUUAUGAUCAAGAAACUGGUAUGGCUGCACUUCGACCUUCUUUAGAAGUUAUUCGUGGUCAAUAUUAUCAACGAAUCAAAGAGUUUAUAACAUUUCCACAACGUUUUCAUGGUUGUAGUAAUAGUGAUAUUUUUAAAGAAAUGACUGCACAUAAUGAACGUGGUAUAGUUACCGUUAUGCAACAUGCUGCUCAACUCUUUAAAAAGGUUCAACAAGAACUAAAACGUUUUAAUCCACUUCUUAUUAUUGGACAAUGUGGAAAAAAUGGUAACCCAACAUUAGAAAGUAUUGUUGAAAAAGCUCUUACAGAGGUUCAACAUUGGGAACAAAGUGUAAGACUUUUAAAACAAAAAGGAAAAGAAAUUAAUGCAGAAGAACUCUUUAUUAAGUGUGGAUGUAUUACGCUUUGUACUGCUGGUAUAAAAGGAACGGUUGAAGAUCACUUAUACAAAUUAUAUGAAGCUUUACAAAUUACACUAUACCGUAGUGCUGAGGGUCAUUUACAGCGAAUCAACGCCUAUAUUGCUGAAGUUUCUAAAAGUUUAGACACUAAAUUAACAAAACUAGAAGAGAUUGGUACAGCUAAUCUUGAGCAUGCAAAACUUAUGGAACAACGUCCAGCGAUGGAAGUUGAAUUUUUCCAUUUUUAUAAUAAAAAUAUGUUACUACAAAAUAUGACAAAUCAAACUGGUAUAGAUUUUUCAAAAACCAAAACUCAAUGGGAUACAGUUAUACACCGAUUUGAUGCCUUUGAUAAAGAGGUAGAAGCCCAAAUUAAUAGUUUACGAGGAACUGUGGAAGAACGAGUGAAAAAUUGGAAUAAAAGUGUUGAACGUUUUAUUAAUCAAUGGCAUGAACUUAAACCAAAAACGGCUGAUUCUCCAAAUGCUGUGGAAUUUGUAAAAGAACGCCAAAAUGCACUUAAAGAAUUAGAAAAUGAAGGAGAAGAAUGUGUUCAACAGUGUAAAUUUUUUCAUAUGGAUGAACCUGAUAUAGAGCCAUUACAAGAUGUAAGACGUGAUAUUGAAGAUUAUGCCCUUAUGUGGAGUUUGGUAGGAACUUUUCAAGAAGAAUUAGAAUCCUUAAAGAAAGAAUUAUGGAUUGCUUUACGUGCAAAAUUAUAUCGUUUUGAUGAUUUUGUAAAGACAUGGACAGAAAAACUAAAAGAGAUACCAACAAAUCCUAUUACCGUACAGGUGCGAACCUUAUUAGAUGCCUGGAGUCGAUGUGCCCCACUGUUUAAAUUUGUCCGUGGUGAUGGAUUUACCCCUGGUCACUGGAGUGAACUCUUUACUCUUCUUGGUAUUCACAAUGCGACGCAGGAUACCCUUAAGUUUGGUGAUAUUCUCGACCGCUACGAAACCAUUCUCAAACGCGAAAUGGAUCUGAAGAAACUUCACGCCCGGGCGCAGGGCGAGGCGCAGAUCCGCGAGGCCCUCGACGACGUCCGCUCGUGGGGGACCAACGCGGCCUUCACGCUCGCCGCCCACCCCGACCGCCCCGGCGUGGUGCUCAUCACGGAGUGGAAGGAACUCCUCGCGGCGCUCAGCGACAACCAGGCGCUGCUGCUCAGCAUGCGGGAGUCGCCGUACUUCGCCAUCUUCGCCAGCGACGCCAACAAGUGGGAGGAACGCCUCGCCUGUCUUGACGAGUAUCUGCGCAGUAUGAAUCAAAUUCAGCGCAAGUGGGUCUAUCUCGAGCCCAUUGUGCGGCGCGGGGCUCUCCCGCAGGAACAGGAACGCUUCGCCCGCAUAGACAAGGAAUAUCUCUCAGUGAUGUCCACCAUCGCAAAGGACAAUCGCCUUGUCACCCUCGCAGAACAUAAGGAGUAUAAGGAAGUAUUACAAAAUGUACUGGAACAAUUAGAAAGAUGUCAACGGGCAUUAAAUCAGUAUUUAGAGGCUAAACGUGAUAUAUUUCCACGUUUUUACUUUAUUAGUGAUGAUGAUUUAUUGGAAAUUCUAGCACAAAGUCGUAAUCCAGUAGUAAUUCAAUCACAUUUAAAGAAACUUUUUAUGGGUAUUCACAGUGUUCGUUUUGAUUCACAAAAAGAACAUAUAUUACAGAUUCACUCACUAGAAGGUGAGGUAGUACCUCUUGAACAACCAGUUCGUAUUACAGAUGAAGUAGAAGAUUGGUUAUCUAAAUUAGAUAUUGAAAUGAAAGAUACCCUUGAAGCACACUUAAUACGUUGUCUCAAGAAGGUAGAUAUUGGUGAAUAUUCUACACAAAUACUUUGUACAGCAGGAAUGAUUGAUUUUACCAAAAAAACAGAAGAAGCUAUUCGUGAUGCUAAAAGUGGUGGUUUAAUAAAACAUAAAGCUAAUUUACAAGCUCAACUUCGUGAUUUAACAGUUUUUGCAGGUAGUAAUAAUGAUCUAGUUGUAGGUCUAAAAUUAAAAUCUCUUAUUAUGGAUCUUAUUCACAAUAUUGAAGUUGUCGAUACUCUAAUUCAGAAUAAUGUUGAAAGUGAUACAGAUUGGCUUUGGCGAAAACAACUAAGAUAUUAUUUAGAACGUAAUAAUAAGUGUGUACUUCGUAUGGUAGAUGCAGAAUUUCAAUACAGUUAUGAAUAUCAAGGAAAUGCGCCAAAACUUGUUCAUACACCACUCACUGAUAGAUGUUAUUUAACACUAACUCAAGGUAUGCAACUUGGUUAUGGUGGUAAUCCAUAUGGACCUGCAGGUACUGGAAAGACAGAAUCUGUUAAAGCACUUGGUAAUGCAAUGGGAAGACAAGUAUUAGUUUUUAACUGUGAUGAAGGAAUUGAUUUUAAAUCUAUGGGACGUAUUUUUACAGGUCUUGUAAAAUGUGGAGCUUGGGGAUGUUUUGAUGAAUUUAACCGUUUAAAAGUUGAUCAACUUUCAGCGGUAUCCCAAAUGAUUCAAGUUAUUCAAGAAGCACUUAAAAAUGGUGAUUCAAGCUGUCAUUUACUCGGUCGAGAUAUUGAUGUGAGUCAUAAUGCCGGUAUCUUUGUAACACUUAACCCUGCUGGUAAACGAUAUGGAGGACGAAGUAAACUUCCAGAUAAUCUUAAACAAUUAUUCCGUUCUGUGGCAAUGAGUGCUCCAGAUAAUGAACUUAUUAUGGAAACUAUACUUUUUAGUGAAGGAUUUGAAAAUGCAACUGUUUUGUCAAAGAAAACAGUAGAAAUAUUUAAACUUGCCAAAGGUCUUUUAUCUUAUCAACAACAUUAUGAUUGGGGUUUACGUGCUAUGAAGGCUGUUAUGCGAGUUGGAGGGACAUUAAUUCAUCAAUAUCUUACAGAGCGGGUUGGAGGAAAAGUGAAAGCAACUCCAGAAGAAAUACUUCAACAAGAGAGUGAAAUAUUAAUUAAAUCUUUACGUGUCAAUACACUCUCUAAAUUAACAUUUGAUGAUGCAGUAUUAUUUAAUAAUCUUAUCACAGAUGUUUUCCCUGGUAUUCCUGUGGGUGAGAUAGAGUACACAGAACUUCGACCUGCUAUUGAAGAAUCUAUAAAAGAAUUUAAACUUCAACUUGUUGAAUCACAAAUUCAAAAAGUAUUACAACUAUAUGAAGCAUUAAAACAACGUAUGGGAGUUGUUCUUGUUGGUCCUGGUGGAAGUGGAAAAAGUACAUUACUUCGUGUUUUGCGUAGAGCGAUGCAACGACUUGGUGUGACGGUUCCUUUGUAUGUAAUGAACCCUAAAGCUAUGCCACGUACACAAUUGCUUGGUCAUAUGGAUAAUGACACCCGUGAAUGGUUUGAUGGUGUACUCACAGAAGCAGCACGUAAGGUUGUAAAAGAAGAAAAUAAUGUACAUUCAUGGAUUGUCUGUGAUGGUGAUGUAGAUCCUGAAUGGGUGGAAUCCUUAAAUUCUGUUUUGGAUGAUAAUAAAUUACUUACAAUGCCAAAUGGUGUACGUAUACAAUUUGGAGAUAAUGUGAAUUUCUUGUUUGAAACACAUAGUCUCGAAUUUGCCUCACCAGCCACUGUAUCUCGUAUGGGUAUUAUUUAUUUAUCUGAAGAAGAUGUAGAUCCAAAAAUGAUGGUUGCUACUUGGUUACUAGAACAACCUGAAGAAACUCGUGGACAACUUCGUCAAUGGAUAGAUGAUUAUUUCUAUAAAGCUAUAGAUAGUCUUUUAGAAACGGGUAAACUUAUAGUGGAAACUACACGAACUGGACUUGUAUCUUCUGGUUUAAGCCAGUUACAGCAUUGUACAAAUAAAGCACAGUUUACACUUGCUCUUAUUUACGGUCUUGGAUCUUAUCUUUCAGAGGAACAUCGCCGUGAUUAUGCAAAGGAUAUUCACUACAUGACAGGAGAACGUCCACCGGAUUCUAAAAAUCCACUAGAUAUUUAUUAUGAUGCCCAAUAUGGUGGAUAUAAGACUUUUGAAUUUCAACCAGCAUUUGAUCUUAACGUGGAAGAUCUUUACCGUCAUCCUAUGAUAGCUACUUUGGAUUGUCAACGUAAUAUGGAAAAUAUGCAGGCAUGGACGAAACCACUUCAUCCAGGUUUAUAUAGACCUUUUAUUCUUGUUGGUCCAGAAGGUUGUGGAAAGACAAUGUUACUUAAAAACUUAUUUGAACAAAUUAGUAACACACGUGUGGCGAUUGUAAAUUGUUCUGCACAAACAGAAGCCAUACAUAUUAUUCAAAAACUCAAACAAACAUGUCAAAUGUUUAAUACAAAUCAAGGACGUGUUUUACGUCCAAAAGAAGCGGAACGUCUUGUUUUACUUCUUAAAGAUAUGAACCUUCCAAAACCAGAUAAAUAUGGAACUGUACAAUUACAUUCUCUACUUCAACAACUUAUUCUUUAUAAUGGAUUUUAUGAUGAUGAUCUUGAAUGGAUUACAAUAGAACGUGUUCAAAUUGUUGGUAGUAUGAAUCCUCCAGGAAGUAUGGGUCGUUAUCCUGUAGCCCCACGUUUUUUAGCUAUUGUUUCUGUACUUGCCAUGUCUUAUCCAUCACGUGAAUCUAUGCAAACCAUUUACACAGAAUUUUUUAAUAUUAUGAUUCAAAGUCAUCGAUUACAAUUUAAUCUUCCUGGUAAAGGUGCAGCGGAUAUUGCUCGUUUUAUGACGAAUGUUUAUGAAGCAAUAUCCACUCGUUCUACUGUAGAUGUGGCAUCACAUUAUAUUUUUAAUCCACGUGAUGUUACUACAUGGGCACUCAAUUUACUGAACUAUAAUUCUUUAGAUAUACCAGAUGCUAUUGGAUAUGAGGGUCGACGUAUUUUUGUGGAUCGUCUUGUUACUCCAGAAGAACGUGCAAAGAGUUCUAAAGUUAUUUAUGAUAAUAUAUUAUUUCUUGUUGGUCAUAAAUCUGGUAUUACAGAGAAGGAAACAGUAUAUUAUGUUUCAUGGAUGGAUACUUCCUCAUCAAGGAUAAAGAAAUUAACUUCUACUAGUAUGGAUGAACUUAAAAAAUCAGCAGAACAUCUCGUUCUUACAUACUCUAGAGAAUUUGCAGAAUUAGAUGUUCAAUUAAUUCCUGAAGUAUGUGCUUGGAUUGCUCGUGUGGAUCGUGUUUUAUCACAAGAACGUGGAAAUUUACUUCUUGUUGGACGAUCUGGAGUUUGUAGUGCCUCCAUUGUUCGCCUCGUCGCCUACAAUUUGCGUAUGGAAGUAAUGACAUUAGCCAUGACAAGAGAAUAUGGGAUGAAACAAUUUAAUACCGAACUAAAGUCUGUAAUGACAAAGGCUGGAAUAGAAGGACAAUAUAUUGUAUUUUUACUAGAAGAUCAUCAUUUUGGUAAUAAUCCUCUUAUUCUCGAAACGGUGAAUUCUCUCUUAUCAUCUGGUGAAGUACCUGGUUUAUUUACACAUGAGGAAUUAGAAGCUAUUUUGGGUCCAUUAAAGGAAGAAGCUGCUGGAGAAGGUAUGACGCCUUACGCCUAUUUUGUAGAUCGUGUGGCUCGAAUGUUACAUAUAUGUAUUGUGAUGGAUCCUACAAAUCCAAAAUAUGAUGUACAAUGCCGAUCAAAUCCUGCUCUUUACACUCGAUGUAAUGUUUAUUGGAUGGGAACAUGGUAUACAGAUAGUCUUAAGUUAAUACCUCGUUUGAUGAUACGUGAUGUUUAUAAAGCUAUAGAUUCAAGAGAGGAUAAAAAAGAAUUUGGUCUUACAACUGAAAUUGUACAUAUUCAUCGUGGUUUUGCAGAUAAAUUUUCACCUCAACACUUUAAAAUGCUUUGUCUUACUUAUCAACGUAUUUUUAAUGAAAAGAGUAAAUCUAUUGUGGAAAGUUUGGCUCGUCUACAAAGUGGUGUAUCUAAACUAGAUGAAGCUCAAGAAAAUGUAGAUAAAAUUGCCUCAGAUGUGGCGGAUAAAAAAACUUUAAUGGAAACAAAACAACGUGAGGCAGAUGAAGCAUUACAACAAAUUCAAUCCAAUAUGGAAGAAGCAGGUGAUCAAAAAAAGAAUAUACAAAAAAUUCAAAAAGAACUUGAUAAGGAGCAAAAAGCUAUUGAAGAGCGUAAACGUGUUAUUGAGGAACGACUUAGUGGAAUUCAACCCGUAUUGGAUGCCGCCCUUGGAGCUGUACGUUCUAUUCGUUCUGAACAUCUUUCUGAACUAAAAUCAAUGAAACAACCACCAGCGGCUGUGCAGGAUGUGAUGGAAGGAGUUAUCAUUCUCACAGAAGGAGGCCAGAACGCUGAGACUAAUUGGGCAACUAUUCGAAAAAUCCUUGCUGGUGAUAUUAAAGGACAGAUAUUAAAUCUCGAUCUUGAUAACGUAAAUGAGGGAGUUCGUAAUAAAGUAGAACGGUUUAUACAAGCACAUGCCAAUUCUUUUAAACGUGAAGUGAUUGGUCGUGCCUCCAAAGCCGCAGCUCCCAUGGCAGAAUGGCUGAAAGCCGUCGUGGAGUACAGUAAAGUACUCGAAACGGUUGCGCCUAUGCGGGAAGAACUUAGAGGUUAUGAAGCCAAUCUGAAAAGCGGUAGUGAAAAGAAGAAAAAAUAUGAAAGUAAACUUUUAAAGGUAGAGGAUAAGGUAGAUAAAUUGAAGAAAGAUUUUGCUGAAAAGACGAAAGAAGCAGAAAGGUUAAAAGAUCGUUUAGAACAAGCAGAAAAACUUUAUAAUAGUGCUCAUGAUCUUCUUGGAAAACUUGCGAAUGAACAUAAUAGAUGGAGUGAACAAAGUAAAGCUAUAUGUAAUGAUCAACGUUUGUUACCAAAACGUUGUUUACUUGCUGCAGCAUUUAUUCUUUAUUUGGGUAAUGAAGCUGAAGAUGUUCGAUCUCAAACUAUGAAUGCAUGGAAGGAACGCUUAAAACAACUUGAUGAUUUUAAUUUUUUUACUUUUAUGCGUCCGGAGAGUAUGCAAUUACAUUAUAAAGCAGAAGGUUUACCAGGUGAUGAACUUUCAAUGGAUAAUGCUGUAUUAAUACAAGAACAAGUUUCAACACCAUUGAUUAUAGAUACUUCUGGUCAAGCUCUUAAUUGGCUUUUAAAUAAUUUAAAAAGUAGAGGAGUUUCCGUUGAAGUAUCUAGUAUUUCAGAUGGACGUCUUGUCUCAACAUUAGAGUUAGCUCUUCGAUUUGGUAAGAGUUUUAUCUUAACAGAUGUAGAUGUUUUAGAACCUUUUAUGUAUCCUUUAUUCCGAAAAGAAUUACGCACAGAAGGUACAAAACGUGUUAUUCAAAUAGGUGACCGUCGUACCGUAGACUAUGCAGAUGGUUUUCAAUUAUAUCUUAUCACUCGUUCUAGUGAUUUACGAAUUCCUCCUGAUGUUCUUAGUUAUUUAACGUUGAUAAAUUUUUCUAUAACUUUAAGUGGUCUUGAGGGACAGUUUCUUGGGGCAACUAUUCAACAUGAACAACCGGAACUUGAAAAGGCAAAAUUAGAAGUAUUAAAAAAAGAGGAAAAACUUAAAUUACAAUUAUCUGCUCUUGAAGAAUCUCUAUUAAGUGAUUUGGCAAAUUCAAAAGGAUCACUAUUAGAGAAUAAAACACUUAUUGAUUCAUUAAAUGAAAUUAAAACACAAGCUGCUGAAAUUGGUGAAUCUCUUGAAAAAUCUAAACAAGUACAAGAAGAAAUAGAUAUUAAACGUAAUGUUUAUAGACCAUUUGCAUCCACGGCUAGUGAAACAUUCUUUAUUGUAAAGAGUCUUAAAGGUUUAUCACACAUGUAUCAAUUUUCCCUAAGUUUCUUUAUGGGAUUAUUUCAUGAUACCUUAAAACGACACACCUCUGAUCAUACAGAUGCUGAAACUAAAAUUGAAGCAUUAAAAAAGACUUUUAUACGUUUUGUAGUUUCAUCCGUUUCUACAUCACUUCUAAAAGAACAUCGUCCAGUUUUUGGUAUUUAUCUUGCUCGUUCACUAAAUCCUAAGGAAUGUACCUCUGCGGAAUGGGAAUUCUUUUUGGAUAGAACUAUCGCACCAGAGGCUAAAAAGAAUGAAAUUCAUAUCCCUACAUGGGUUUUACCGGAUAGUAAAGAUCUUUUCCGUUCCUUUGCUGUAUUAUUUGAUAAUUUGGUUAAAAAGAUGAACUUACAUGAAGCUGAUGUUUGGUUACAGUGGAUGCGAGCAACUACUCCAGAAACUAUGUACCCUAGUUUUAUUGAAAAAUUAACACAUUUUCAACGUCUUCUUAUUACAAAAACUCUUCGUGGAGAUCGUCUUAUCGCUGCGGUAAAUCGAGUGGCAUGUGAAUUAUUAGGCGUUAAAUCAUGGGGAGAUAAUAAUACACUUUCAUCUUUUAUUAACCACACUGAAGCAUCUACACCUGUUUUACUUAUUACCACAACAGGAGCAGAUCCAUCACAAGAGCUUCAAGGGAUUGCAUAUCAUAAAGUAGGUCGAGAACGAUUUCAUCAAAUUGCUAUGGGAGGUGGUCAAACAGAAGAAGCUAUUCGUUUAUUACGUGUUUGUGCAGAAAAAGGUGAUUGGUUAUUCUUAAAAAAUCUUCACCUUGUAAUUCCUUGGGUAACUAUAUUACAAAAGGAAUUUAAUAUGCUUACACCAGAUCCUAAUUUUCGUCUAUUUCUUACAAGUGAAGCACAUGAUGAAUUUCCAUCUACUUUGUUGUCUCAAUGCUUAAAGAUAACAUUUGAAGCCCCACCUGGAGUUCAUCAGAAUCUUCUACAUACAUUUAAAGAAUGGGAAGUGGGAACUUUUGAAAAAAAAGGUUUACGACAAACCGAACUUAUUUUUAUUACUGCAGCUUUUCAUGCCAUUAUACAAGAACGUCGCUCCUAUGUUCCACAAGGAUGGUCUAAGAUGUAUGAAGUUACUUCUGCAGAUCUUAAAUCAGCUACAGAUAUUGUUUUACAACAAAUAAAUUCUGGUAUAGAUUGGAGAGCUAUUCGUGGUAUUUUACAAGAUGCUAUUUAUGGUGCCCGUAUGGAAAGUGAAUAUGACCUUCGUAUUCUUAAAGCCUACGCAGAUCACUUUUUCAAUCCAGAGGUUCUUUCUUCUUCAAAGCGGCAAAGUAAUCUUUUCUCUAUGGUACGAGUUCCUGGAACAGGAAAACAUGUGGAUUGUGUAAAAGUAAUUUCUGAACUACCGGAAAGUGAUGUACCAGAAUUAUUUUCAUUACCACCAAAUGCAGAUCGUGUUGUACAACUUUCAAAGGUACGUGCAUUAACAAAUGAUCUUCAAUGCCUUAAUGAAUCAAAGUUAGAAUCUACAUUAACUCGAGAAGAAUGGACAAACCGAUUAGUACCCAUUUUAGAUACAUGGGGAGAGUUAACACUACCUAACUCAGAUAUUCUUACUCAUUCCGCACAUGUAUCUCAUGGGGUAGUAUCCCCUGUUCUUGGUUUUGUGACAGCUGAAAUGGCAUCUUCACUUCUUCUUGUCUCUCUUGUGGAUGAGUCCAUGCGUGAUCUGCGUAAAGUAACAGAGGGAACGGCAUUAUUAAAAGAAAAUAGACGCGCAGAGGCGGCUGCAAUGAUUAUUGGUGAGGUCCCACCACAGUGGGAUGGCUUUUUUCACGGUCCCACUCGUAUUUUACCAUGGCUUCAGUCCCUUUUAAGUCGUGCCACAACAAUUGCAUAUUGGCGUCGUUUGGCUGAAUCUAAUGAACUGCUCCAAACCACACUUAACAUAUCAAGUCUAUUCCGUCCACAGACAUUCCUCCACGCACUUCGACAAGAGACAGCACACUCUUUGCAUGAACCACUCGUUUCACUGAAACUUGUCACUUCUGUCUCAUCACCACCGGCUGGGGCAUCACUUGCGGUGUGUCUUGAGGGACUCUUAUUGCAGGGCGCCGUUCUUGACCAAGCGGAUAUUCUGCAGCCUGUUGAAACAGCGGAUGAACCGGCAUUGUUCCCUAUGCCAAAAGUUUAUCUUGCUUGGAUGUCAAAACCACCAGAAAUAAGCACCUCUGUUACUGUUCCCAUGUAUAUUAAUACAACGAAAGAAAACUUCCUCGUGGAAUUGGUGUUGCCUUGUGCCAGUGAUGUUGCCAAAAGAGGGUUUAUCCUCUCAGGUAUUUCAAUCUUUCUUGAACCGUAA